AUGCGAUGUAAGACGCUAAACAGCGAAGAUAAAAAAAAAUGUUUAGACAACAAGUUAAAAAUAUCAACUGAUUUGCUACUAUCAAAUACUUCUAGGGAAUUCGAGACUCAAAGCACUGAAAUCACGGCUGAUGUUAAUUAUGAUCGAUCGAUUUUCAACUGCACUAUGUCAACUAUUGUGUACACUUAUGGAUUAUUGUCGAUGGAAAAUCACUCUUGA